AUGUCUGCAAUGCAACGCUUGGCCUGGUCUCGCCGACGGCCUCAGCUCCGGUCAGCUCGGCUCGGCGCGCACCAAUUUCUUUGGUGUUCUCGCUGGGCGGACCACGAGUCGAUCUCCUGGACGAGUCGCAGAUCCAUUACUCGCACAAGCUCACCACGAAACACCUCUGGGGCUGAUUUAAUAGGGAGGGCGGUUUUGGUGGGGCACAACUUGACACACUCGGCUCCGACACCCGCCUCCGCCCGUUCAAUUAGGAAUCCCGCUUUGGGCGCCGCGGCCGGCGACCUCCACGUCAAGUCGCCAGAGAGGGAUUCACUUCGUCCCCCCGCGCGUGCUCGCUUGAACCAGCAGCGCGCCAUCCGGCGUAGAGGACAAGGACGCAGCCAAAUCCAAAAGCUGGCAAAUUUGCUCGUCGCGCAUGCAGCUGCUGGAGACGCCCCGACCAUGCGGUUGACCUGGUUUGGUCCUGAGUUACGGCCUGAGACCGCGCAGGCACGUGGCGUCAACGCUAAAGUGGUGCGAGCUCUGAGUAGGUCGCCAACCACCACCGAGUGCGAGCAGCGUCUCUCCGGAACGUUGCCUUCACGGCCUGGGGCCUGCAAGCGAGCAGCUCCACGUGAGCCGAGCACUGCGGGCAGCCGGAGCUUGGAUGAGCAGCGUACGUUGCCUUCUACGACGGGCGCGAACAGCGGAGUUGCGCACGCACAUGCAACCAAUACGCGCAACAAAGUGCAAGGAGCAUCCUCUUGCGUCGAGAGGCUUCCUCGCGCGCGCGCUGGCGCUGCAACCUCCGACCAUUGCCUUCGCUCCUCUGGACUUUCGAGGCGCUCGGUUGCUUCGCGCGCAUCGGAUGCGAGCCGCCGUCACACGAGCACUGCGUCCAACGUUCGGCCAGUGCAAGUUGAAGCCAUUAGUCAUCGCGCCGUUUCACCACACCUGGCAGAGUGCUUGCUCGACUUCAACUUUGCCAACCAAUUGCCGAUCGGCGCCACGCCGAGGCACAGAUCUACUUCUACCUGGUCGAGUGUGUAUCUGAUGGUGCUCAAGGCACUGCUCGUUGGGGAGGAGGAGGAGGUGAUGCUGCUGCUGGAGUAUGACUUUACGGCCCCAUAUUUUUUGCUGUUGGCCUUGAUUCAGCUGCGCGCCGUGUUGCUCAAGAUCGAGUUCUCGGAUGUGGCCGCGGCCAUCACCACCAGACUUUCGCUCGCCGACGGCGUGCCGUUGCUUCUUCUGUCGUAG